CUCAAAAAGCAAAAACAAAAACCCACAGACUCCGAAACCUUCAGCCGCCCUAACCAUGCCGAUCUUGCACAUUGCUCCGGCGCCUCAAUUGCCUCGAGAAUGGUUUUACGCAACCAACAAUCCAUACCAAGUGAGCGGACCAAAAGGGUUUACUGAGUUCAAGUACAUGGAAGAGACCCAUGAUCUGUACGUGAGGCUUGAUUUCCCAGGAAUCACUAAAGAGAGCGUCUUGAUCCUUCUCGAACCAUCGAGGAAAGCUGUUGUCGUGAUCGGAGACGCACCAAAAGAGAGCAAACACGACUCUUCUCACCGCAAGUACGGAACCGCCACGGGACUCAUCUGUGACUGCUGUGUUAUCAGUAACAUCCAGUGUUUUGUUGGUGAUGGUGUCGUUAGACUCAUCCUCUCCAAGAAGGAGAUCAAUCUCCAUGUUCCUACCUUCUGUUCCUGUAAGUAUAUUAGCCUUCAAAAUGCAUGCUUUUUCCUUACCCUUUUUGUCGGAGGUGCAAGGAUGCCUACUGAUGUACCUGCUAACAUCAUUCGUGGAUAUAACCCAGAAGGUAUUCGUCGAUCUUUUGAGCUUCUUUUAGAAAUCAGUCUUGACUGCUUUUAUUUAGUAUCGUAUCUGACAUUUUUUCAUGGGUUUGUGUUGACCAAUAUUGUUGCAGUCGCAGGUGGCCAUCCUCUUGCUCAUCUCCGUGGACUUAACCCAGAAGGUUGCCGUGGCACUGACCCUUUUGAUCCGGCGUUCACGGGUCCGACCAUACUACCACACCCGUCGGUGUUGGAGGGAUCCACGACUGCUUACGAGUCAAAGCAGCUCUCAAACGGUGGUCUCUUUCUCCGUAUUGACAUGCCUGGUGUCCCCAGCGACAGCUUCAUGGUGGCAGUGGAUGGCGAUGAUGUUGUCAACGUCAUUGGACGGGCUCCUGCGACCAUGCACGACUCAAAAGGGUAUUACGCAGCGAACAAUCCAUACCAAGCGAGCGGACCAAAAGGGUUUAUUGAGUUCAAUCAAGGAAGAUACUGUUGUCGUCCUCUCGAACCGUCGGAGAAAACUGUUGUCGUCACCGGAGAUGCACCGAAAGAGAGCCCACACGAUUCUUCUCACCGCAAUAAGUUCCAGAGUUUUGUCGAAAACGGUGUCGUUAGACUCAUCCUAACCAAGAAGAAGACCGAUCUUCAUGGUUUUUCCUUCUGUACCUUUAGGGGUGCAAAGAGACCUACUGAUAUUCAUUCCCUUGCUUCCAUCACUCGUGACUAUAACCCAGAAGACGCAGAUGGUCAUCCUUCUGGUAAUGCUGAUCAUCUCCAUGGACUUGACCCAGAAGGUUCCCGUGGCACUGACCCUCUUGAUCCGGCGCACGCGGGUUGGACCAUACUACCACACCCGUCAGUGUUGGGGGGAUCCAAGAGUGCUGUCGAGCCAAAGCAGCUCCCGAACGGUGGUCUGUUUGUCCGUAUCGACAUGCCUGGUGUUCGCGACAACAGCGUCGCGGUGGUAAUUGACGGGGACAGUGUUGUCACCGUCAUAGGACGAGCUCCUGCGACCAUGCACGACUCAUGUGGGCGUAAUUACUUAGGCAAAAUCGCCCUUGUCCCUAGAGGCUAUGACGGCCGUCGGAUCGAGAUAAAUGCCAAGCUUGGUGUCGUCCGUCUCGUUAUCCCUCCCUAGUAAUCUAAUAUAUUCAUCGCUUCUUUAAUAAUUAGAGAUCAUCCAUAUAUGCUUUGCUUUUGGAAUUGUCUUGUUUGUUUUCCUAUGGACCGUCUGUUUGUCUUUUCUUUUGGAUUCCCGAAAUAUUAUUAAU